AUGUGUGAUAAUCAAACCAAUAUAAAACUUAAUGCAAAUGCACAAAUUGAAGUGAUACCAUGCAAAAUUUGUGGUGAUAAAUCCUCUGGAAUACACUAUGGAGUCAUCACAUGUGAAGGCUGCAAGGGAUUCUUUCGGAGGAGUCAGCAGAACAAUGCAUCCUAUUCCUGUCCAAGACAGAGAAACUGUUUAAUUGAUAGAACCAACAGAAAUCGUUGCCAACACUGCCGACUGCAGAAAUGUCUUGCCCUGGGAAUGUCUCGAGAUGCUGUGAAAUUUGGAAGAAUGUCCAAAAAGCAGAGGGAUAGCUUGUAUGCUGAAGUGCAGAAGCACCAGCAGCGACUGCAGGAGCAGCGGCAGCAGCAGAGUGGUGAGGCAGAAGCUCUCGCCAGGGUUUACAGCAACAGCAUCAGCAAUGGCUUGAACAGUCUGAAUAACGAAACUGGCAGCACCUACUCCAACGGGCACGUCAUCGAUCUGCCGAAGUCUGAGGGCUAUUACAACGUGGAUUCUGCCCAGCCCUCCCCAGACCAGUCUGGGUUAGACAUGACUGGAAUCAAACAGAUAAAACAGGAACCUAUCUAUGACCUCACUUCUGUACCAAACUUGUUUACCUAUAGCUCUUUCAACAAUGGGCAAUUAGCUCCAGGGAUAUCCAUGAGUGAAAUCGAUCGAAUUGCACAGAAUAUCAUUAAGUCUCAUUUGGAGACAUGUCAAUAUACAGUGGAGGAAUUACAUCAGCUAGCGUGGCAGACCCACACAUAUGAAGAAAUAAAGGUUUACCAGAGCAAGACAAGAGAAGCUCUGUGGCAGCAGUGCGCCAUUCAGAUCACCCAUGCUAUCCAGUAUGUGGUGGAGUUUGCAAAGCGCAUAACAGGCUUCAUGGAGCUCUGCCAGAAUGACCAAAUUCUCCUUCUUAAGUCAGGCUGCUUGGAAGUGGUUUUGGUCAGAAUGUGCCGUGCCUUCAACCCACUUAACAAUACUGUUCUGUUUGAAGGAAAGUAUGGAGGGAUGCAAAUGUUUAAAGCUUUGGGUUCUGAUGAUCUGGUAAAUGAAGCGUUUGACUUUGCAAAGAAUUUAUGUUCCUUACAGCUGACUGAGGAGGAGAUUGCCUUGUUCUCAUCUGCUGUUCUGAUAUCACCAGAUCGAGCCUGGUUAAUAGAGCCCAGGAAAGUCCAGAAGCUUCAGGAAAAGAUUUACUUUGCACUUCAACAUGUUAUUCAGAAGAACCACCUCGAUGAGGAGACAUUGACAAAGUUAAUAGCCAAGAUACCAACAAUUACUGCACUUUGCAACUUGCAUGGAGAGAAACUGCAGGUAUUUAAGCAAUCUCAUCCAGACAUAGUGAACACAUUGUUUCCUCCAUUAUACAAGGAGCUUUUCAAUCCAGAUUCUACCACUGGCUGCAAGUGA